UGUGCUCCAAGUUUUUAUUAAAGUGAGACCCUCGAGUCAGCGAGGCAUGCACCUUACUCUUUUCUCGCAGAGUCCGUGGAAAUCAUGCUCGCAAAGUGCGUUAACAUCGAGCAUGCUGUGAACUCUCUUAUUGCCGGUUUCUGGAUCACUUUGAGCGUCUGUUCCGUGUGCGUCCGCGGCCAGGAGGGUAAUGGCUGUGGACAUUCAGUGCUGGCAGCAGAGUCGGGCACCGUAGCCUCUCAGAACUAUCCGGGCACCUACCCCAGUAACACCUGGUGUAAGUGGAGGCUUCGUGUGCCACAGGGGCGCGCGCUGCGACUGCUCUUUGGAGACUUUGACGUUGAGAGCAGUCCGGGCUGCAUCAAUGGCUCUAUGGUGAUUACAGACAGAAAUGGAGAAAGCAACCUAGGUCCUCUGUGCGGGAAGCUUGAUGCAGCCUGGAGGAAUGUGACAUUUAAUAGCAAUGAAGUAACAAUAACAUUCAAGUCAGGCCCACAUCGUUCUGGACGAGGGUUUCUGCUUUCUUAUGCCACGGACCAGCAUCCAGAUCUCAUUUCUUGUUUACAACGAGGAUCUCAUUCUGACUCACAGCAUUUAAGCUUGUAUUGCCCUGCGGGAUGCAAGAAUGUCACAGGGGAUGUUUGGGGGAACUCUGAGCAAGGUUACAGAGAUACCUCAGUCCUGUGCAAGUCUGCAAUCCAUGCAGGAGCUACAUCUGAUAGUCUGGGAGGUCGUAUCACUGUGAAUCGUGGGAGAAGUCUUACACUAUACGAAUCAACCUUUGCCAAUGGGAUCCUUUCUAAAAUGGGUUCGCUUUCUGAAAACAAGCUGCUUUUCAUCCACGAUUGUAACAGCUUCCUGGCUGUUUCUGGUUUAAACGCCUCGUCUUUUGCUGAUAAAAACAGUGGAGAGCACACGGUGUUCAGAAACAAUGAUUUCAGCCGUAACUUCCUGCUCUGGGCAGCAGACAGUAGUGAUCGGAGCCCGUGGGUGGAGGUGGAGCUGAGUGAUAGAAGCACUAUCACAGGAAUAGUAACAACAGGAUCAGAUGAGCACUACAUACAAUCCUACAUUCUUUUCUUUAGCAAGGACAGAAAGAACUGGAAGCUUUACAAAGAUGCUCUAAGCAAAGAAAGAAAGGUGUUUCAGGCCUACACCGAUGGCCACCUCAGGGUGCUCAAUAGCUUGUUUCCUACUGUGGUGGCUCGAUUUGUCCGGCUUCAGCCACUGAGCUGGCGUGGGAGAGCUUCAGCUCAUGUCCAGGUUCUGGGCUGCACUGUCACACCGAGGUCCCCCCGUCCACCCGGAGGUGAAUCUCCAUCCAUCAAAAUUAACAUAGGUCCACGACUCCUGAGCCCCUCUCCCACCCCCAGUGAAAGCACGGUGUUAGUGGAAACAACUCAGAGCUCCAGUCAGCCAGUAAUAGUAGCAGUGGGAGUGGCCCUCGGACUGAUAAUAUGUGGCAGUUGUUUGUUGGCUGGAUUCUGGUUGAAGCGAAGAAAAAAAGAUUCACAAAUGAAGUACUCCUACUCUGUACCUACAAUAGGUUGUCAGAGUUUCAAGGAGAAGAGUUUUCCCUGCUCACAGUCGGAGCUCAUCUCGUACCCUCCGGUGCGAAAUGUCCAUGAUGCACUGCCAAGCCCCCCUCUUAAUGACUAUGCUGAGCCAGCUCUUACACCUAUUGGACAGAAGGUUGGCUCAACAUUUAAGCCUUCCUCAGAAGAGUGCUAUACUACCCCCUUCACCUGCAGCCAUUACGAUACUCCUGGCAGCCUGCCAGAGUAUGCAGAGCCACUUCCUCCAGAGCCUGAAUAUGCCACCCCGUUCUCAGAACAGCCCUCUGAGUCCAACCUCAUUCACAGCAGUGCACACGGACCUCCUGCUCCAGCACCGACAUCCAGCCAGUAUGACUGCCCUUCACACAGAGUGCUCUUCAAUGGAUACUGCACUCCUGCUCUACAUGCCAAUAGCCCGAGACCAGUCAGCGUCGUCUAUGCAGAGCCCAAGUCCUGUGACUCUUUACUACAGAAACACACGUAUGAAGAUCCUUUGUGAGCACAGCAAGCUUAGACUGAGAAAAAGGCUCUUUGGAGUUAAAAUGUGUGUUGGGACCAGGGCAACACUUUGAGCAAUCUCAAGUUGAACAGUAAGCUGGACAGUGCUGUCCAGAGUGCACUAACUUGACCUCUCUGUGAGUGAUGUACCCAAAGAAGUCAACUUUGGACCACUAUGCAUAUGGGGGUACAGUUACUCAGACUAAACAGUGAGCGCCACAUAGAUGCAGAUAUUUCCAUCAUGGAAGAAUGGGAUAGUAUUUUUUUUUUCUUUCAUAUUGCACAAACAAAUACAGGUUCAGUUGUGUCUCAGAGAUACUGUUUGAAAUGUUUAAUCACAUAACUGCACUUUCCAGAAAC